AUGGAUCAAAGUCAUUCAAGUCGUGACAGAGAACUCAAUGAUCUGAACACCAAUAUUGAGAACAAACCUUCCGCUGCACUUCAAAAGAGGAAAUGUUUUGGUUUAACUUUGAAUAUUAAUUCAGAAGGAGAAUGUAAAAUUGAUGGCAAAAAGGUGAAUUCAAAUUCAGAAGAAAUACCAGUCCCAUAUUACUUGAGAGUACGAAACAGAAAACCUGUAGCCAAAUAUUUUGAGGACUCAGAUACCUCUGAUAGUGAUUGUGAACAACCCAGGCCUAACGUGAAGAGUUUAAAAACUGUUAAAAAACUUUGUAAUAAAAGAAAUUUGGCCAAGUUUUCAUUUAAGGAUGAGAAAGAACAGAAAGAAAUCAUCGGCAGUGUGGGCACCAACAUGCUAAAGUACGACAUAAAGAUAGAUCCAAACGUUGUAGAUCGAUACACCGAUGUUCCCGUGCAGCUGCUGUCUGGAGCUGUGAUGCCUCCCUCAGAAAGUCCGGAUACCAAACGAAGACGGGUUGAGAAGGAGAACAUGGUAGUUGCCAGACAGUGUCGACUUCAUCCUGCAAACAAGAAGUACAACUUAGGGCCUGUGGUCAACCCACCGCCCAUAUCUCCAGGGAAAAUGGUCGGCUAUACACCAGCAGGCCAGCGCCAUGAAGUAGACCUAAACAAUGGACGUCCCACUUGGUUUAAUUCCGAGUACGCUCGUAUGCAGUUUGACGAUGCGACCAAGAUCAACGUUAGUCGCAUGUUCCACGAUAUGGAGAAUGGAAGUUUCCUGCCUGAUGGUCUGGACCCAAAUGUGGAGAGACGACAUUUUGCAGAGAGAGCUCUUGUCUCAGCUGAUGCUGCCAAACAUUUUGAGAAGUUAAAAAUUGGCUCAAAUAAUGGAUCUUCAGAUUCAGAUACUGCUUUAGCUGACCACAUGAGUUUCCUCGAGACAGAGAAGCAACUCCUAGAGUUGAACAUGUUUGCUGCAGUGAGGCUGACAGACUUCUCUGAUCAAGUUGCUAACAAACUUACCAAUGCUCUCACGUGGAAACUGACACCACUAAUGUUUAAGAAGAAUCCUCUGAUCAUAGAAGUUUUAGAAAAGUUGUCUAUUGAGAGAACACAUGUAGAUGUGGUCCGACCAGCCAGGGCACUUCUCAACAAGAUAAAGGAUCUGUUUGAAGUACCAAAGGGACAGACUUUCAAGGAAUACUUUGCAUUUGAGGUGGAAGAUUUCAUUCGGAGAACAAAAAAUAUGUCUCCGUUUGAUGUAUUGAUGAUGACCAAGGAGCCAGAUGAGGAACCAGAAAUUAGCAGUGAAGAAGAAGAAAUUAAAGAGGAGAAUAUAUUACAAAAUUCUGAAGAAUCAGAUGAGGAGAAUGAAAAUGACGAAUGGAUCCCUGCCGAAGGAGGUUAUUGGGAGGAUGCCAUGCGAGUCAAUGAUGAAAAUUCGGCCAUCUCUGAUCCUUGGGACUCUAGUAGUUUCACAAUCAUUGUUGAUGAAGAGGACAACAAUGGUGAAGACUCUGGGGCAAUGCAUACCGUGGAGUCUCAGUCCAAUGUAGAACCGUUGAUGUUGAGUACUAUCCAUGGUAUGCUUCUUGUUAUGGAAUUUUCCACUUGCAUCGUUUACAGUUUUUUUGAAUACAUCUAAUCCCAAAACGAGGAAUAAUUCUCCACACAAUACAAAACGAGCUUCAUUGAGUGCCUGUACCAAUGCAAUGAAUGCGCUUAUAGUUUUAAGAAUAUUGUAUUUAGAAUUUGUAACUGUAUCGUACAAUGUACAAGAUAAGAAAGAUAGUAACUGAGAUGUCGGAAGACAGUUUAGUCAUCUCAGAUGUACCUGAUUCUAUGACAUUUUAAAAUAGUUUCGUCUGAUACACGAAAUGUAGCUUCAAUUUGAUGUACUGCGUAAUGUAACUGUGAAGCUGCUGUUGUAUGUAUUCCAAUCUUGAACUACUUCUAUUUUAACUUAAGUUUGCAGUUCUAGACCUUGUGCGAUUUUAAUUCAUAUUUACAAUUAAGAAUGUUUUUCAUAAUUUAUAGUUAUUUAUUUUACUAUAAAAUUAAGUUUAAAGGUUCAUUCAUAAUUUUAUAAUUAGCUAGAUUCUGAAAAUAAUGUAUUUAAUUUCAUUCCGUUCAGUGUUCACUGCCAAGUAGUAACAAUUGUUAAUUAAUUACUCACACAUUCCAACAAUAGGGGUAAUUAUUAAACGACAAGUGUUUGAAAAGUAUUUUAAAUUACUUCACUUUUUUUUAAUAUGAUACAGAUUUGCUUUCCUCAGUGUUAUAUAAUAUUCUUAUUUUAGUUUAAUGUUAAAUUACCAGUAUAUUCUUUUCAUAUUAUGAUUCAUGUUUAUAUAUAUGCAUAACAAUUGCAAAUUUAAAAGAAAUAUAUGUGGUUCGUUAAGUAUUGUGCAAUAAAUAAAAAUUGUGUUAAAUUAAUGUAUUAGUACUUUCUGAUCUGUUAAUAUUAAGCUACAAUAGGUAUAAUACUAGCUAUUUAACUUUUAAUUAAUUAUAUAUAGUUUUGAUUUCACUUACAUAGUUUUUAAACAAAAUGUUUCAUUGUCAUGGUAAAUGUACCUAACCUUUGACCUAAGACUGAAUUGUAAAAAUUUGUGAUAGCAAUAAAAUGUUUACCAGUU